AUGGCAAACAAGUACUACGUUGCCGUCCCUGCGCCUCAGGCACCAGCCACCUGCACCAAGUCAGGUACCCGUCGCUCACCUCUCACACCCUCAACGACUUCGGCGCCUUCCCUCAGCGCAAACACAUCCUCCGUUCCGAGGCAAGAUGCCGGAUCACACACGCCUACAAAGGCGACGGUCUUGCUGUCAAGAGUAGCAUCACAUCCAGCAUCGCCGCGGGCCUCAAGCCCACCCACAUCACCAUUGCCGAGGCCACCAGGAGGACAUCAGUAUGCCGACGAUAGCUCUACGCCGAGUAGGCAGAGCAGGCCGGAGAUGGCGAGGUGCUGGACUACGGGUACGUGUGGGAAACAAGGUGCGCCUCUGCAGCCGACACAGGCAAUGCUGGAGACCAACGUGCUUGAUUCAGAUGGCUACGUUAGCUUUCCGGACUUCGAGCAGUUUAGGCAGCGGAGCGAAGCCUACGCCGGCCGAGAGAACUGGCAAGACAGCUCCGGCGUAAAGACGUGA